UAGUGCAUAGAACCACCAGGAGCAGGAGCUUGGACAACGAUUGCGGGAAAGGUGGACAUCUUUUAUGUGCUUCCACAACGAGUCGAUUUUAUGGUGAGCGACAGUGUCCAUCCAUCGAUCGAGACUCACAGAACAAUUCAGGUCACAUUGUCAAGCCAUUUCCAGCUCCCCGUCCCAGCUGUCAGGUCCCGAGUAGCGCAAGAGCGCCGCACCAUUCCGUUUGAAUGGAUCUUUUCAGUGAGCGAACCCGGUCAUCACUGCGCUGCAGCGUCGGGGCGUGUGCGCUGUGAGUUGUCGAGAGGAGCAUCUGCCGUCUGAUUUAAACGGAGUCAAGUACAUGUACCUCAUUUCACAGUGUGUAUCGUGGCGAAUUCUUCACAAGGAUUAUAUACUGGAAGAGAUACGAGUAACUGAUGGACAUUUUGUGAGAAUUCGGCGUGAAGUCUACGUAACUCAGUGUCCUGAUGCACGAUGGGUGAUUGGAUCUACUUUAGUGCUAUGGUCGCCAUGUUGACCGGAAUAUCCGCCCAAUCGUGUCCAGAGGUUUGCUUCUGCUCGGGAACGACUGUCCAAUGCGAGUCCCUCAGCGAGGAGGCUGAGUUGCAGUGGUCUGUGAGGGACAUGCCUGCAGGCACAGAAACCCUCAUCCUCAAUGAUUACAGAUCCAGGGGCAUCCAAGCCAGGACAUUCUUCCGGCUCACGGAGUUACGGACUUUACAAAUUGAGUCUGGGAGGCUCUUAGUCUCCCUGGUCAAGGACACAUUCCUUGGCCUCAGCAAGUUGGAAAAUUUAACCAUAUCUGGAACGGCAUUGCAAGAUUUUCCAGAGAGAUUAUUCGAGCUAUUAAUCAAGUUAACUUUGUUGGAUAUAAUAAACACCCCGGUGAAAAGUUUAGAUGAUACGGAUUUCAUAGGAUUAACUGCAUUGAAGGAGCUGCGGAUUACCAACAAUGGGCGUUUGAUUACGAUAUCAAAACAGGCCUUGGAUCCACUUGUGAAUCUUCAAAGACUUUCUUUACAGGGAUCUAUUAGAUUGUCAAUACAAAGUGGGAUGUUUUCUAAAUUAUCAAAGUUGACAACUUUGGAUUUAUCAACAGUGAAAUUGGUUUCUCCUGUUGAUCGUGGUUUGUUCGAAGGUCUCGGUGCAUUGAAAUCGUUAAUUCUGAAUCGAUGUGACAUACGGUCGAUUGAACGCGACUCCUUCGAGUUUGUAGCUGAUUCUUUAGGAUAUCUUGAUUUAUCCAAAAAUGAGAUUGCUUUAUUUAAAGUGAAUACGUUUGCGGAUUGUAAGACGCUACAGACACUUAACAUAAGUCACAAUUUGCUUAACACACGCGCGGAUGUUAGGACAACCUUCGAGGCGAAGGCUUUCAGUGGAUUGGUGAAACUUACACAUUUGGAUAUCUCUUACACGGACCUUGGUAACAUGACAACUGAGACCUGGGAAAAGGUUCUCAAACCGAUCAAAAAAGCGAACAUCAAUGCAGUGGGUUGCAGUUACCACUGCUCAUGUUCUGCAGCUGACUUGGGUAACUGGUUCCGCCGAAAUGACGUCACGAUAUCAUUGUCUUGUAAAACUCCAAACUGGAUUAAAGGAACCCCAGUGAAGACGUUAGUAUUAGACACCUUAAAGUGUACUAAACCUGCCAUUGGGACGAGACGUGAGCGAUUCCAGGUGUCUUCCCUUGGAGAACCAAACGCAACAGCUACGGUAGUCUGCGGGGCGUACACUUUCCACGGGUUCCCGGAAAUCUCGUAUGACGCCCUACAGGGGGCGCCCUUUUCCAAGAAGUACACGUCGGAAAGCACGGAGCAUCUUUUUGAUGAUGAGAGUAGGUACAAUUCUUUCCUUGUGAUAACACUGGAGGACUUUAAUGGAGAUAUCCCUGGGAAAAUCCGGUGUAAAGCUUCCAACGACUAUGGUUAUACCGAAUGGGUUGUGGAUAUACCAAGGGUAGCAGAGAUGAAGAAGAAAGUUUCUGAUGAAGACAACCAUAUUUUCAAGAAUUUACCAACCUGGGUACUCGGAGCUUGUGGGGUUGGAGCUCUGUUGUUUAUAGUGAUUUUUGCACUGGUUUUAGCAUGGCGUAUCCGCGUCAGACGACGGGAACGAGACGCAUUACGCCAUGUCAACAAAAAUAGUGACUAUUACUUGGAAUGUGAGAAAUAUGAAAAAUACAAAAUGCCAUCUGAAGCGUAGAUUGUCACGAGUCAAACUCAUUGCCUAAUGUAGCCACAUCCUAAUGUAAUUUCAAUCUGAUUAAGUGGCAAAAAAGUUGUCCAUGAGCAUCAUGAUUACAGUACAGAAAUCAAUUUAAUAACAGACAAGUUUGAAUCGGCAGCUGAACACACGAAUUCAGUGCGAUAUGCUGCCAGCUGGCAUUGACAAGGUUGAAUGUGAGUCGAUGUGGCAUCAUCAUGACGGAUAACAAUUGGUUUUGCACUGUUAGCUAUAUUUGAGGACGUCCAUGAAAUGCCAAGCCAGUCAAUAAAAGCUGUAGUAAGUGCGGUAUGAAAUGAGUAGACGAAGUCCCUCUCACCCAUCUGCCAAUACAAACCACCACUUGUGUCCGGUCUGUAUGCCAUCAUGGAUAGCUUCAUGUCAAUUCUGUCAAUGGUCUAUCAUCAUCGUGGGUUAUGGAAACUAAUAUUUGGGCAAGUAGUGGAAAUGGUUUGGUUCCUUGAACGAUUCAUGUUGAACUACAUCCUUGAAUACCCGGUUCAAUCGUUUGCUGUCUCCAAUAUAUCAGGUAGACAGAUGCAUUUACAUUUAUACAUCCAACCAACCAACAGACAUAUACAUCAACAGCCAAUGGACAAACUCGUAUUUGUCUAGCUUACUCUGUGUACGUUGCUCGUCAUUGACCAAUGUGCCCCGCCGGAGAAUUAAGGCCUACUGUAUGAUGAUGAACAAAAAUAGUUUUCAUGGGAGAGCCCAGCAUCCGUAUUAACAUAUGGACUGACAGAACUCAUUUGAACAGUGUUAAUUGAGAAGCAAAUGUGUUUUUCAUUGCAAAGUGUGACGUUUGUAAAUAACUGUUGAUAAGUGGUGAUGAUAUAUCAACUGAGCAUGACAUUACUACAGUGUGUGUCAAAAGGAUGUUAACGUUCCCUGUCGACGCUGAACUAUCAUCAACAUUUAGUUGGUAAUUCUUCGGAGUUCAUCCUGGUAUGAUAGGGGGAAGUCGAUGGCAGUUCAUAGCACACUAUCCGUAUCGCAGCAUAAUCGACAGUUACAGCUAUCAAGAACAUUGUCUGCAUUCUUUUCGAAAUAGAGGUUGAAUACAAAGUCUAAAAUAGACUUGUGAAAGCAAGAUAGAUUGGUUUCACGUGACGUCAUCACCUGACAUAAAAGAAAGCAAGUCCAAAUGGUUUGAUUCAAGCAGAGUCUUUCAAAUAUAACUGUUUUAAAAGACUCUGAUUCAGUUCAGUCAGGCACGACAAAUCAUUGUUCUGCCCUCCAACAUGGCUGGUCGUGAAAACACUCUAUUGUCUUCUAUACAAGUUGAAAUUAGAGACAAAAACUGCCCUUGAUUUCUUUUGAAACACACUUUAUAUAACAAUACAUUAUAUGGCAAAUGUAAUUGAUUUUAGCCAGCCAGCUUAUUACUCAUGGCUCUAUUGUUUGUGUUACCAUUGUCCUCUGUGGGGACUUAAUCGAAUUGGUCUUUUCUGACAUCAGUGUUUGCCACAAUUUAAUUAUUGCUGCCGCCCUGGCCAACUGGACGAUUUUUUGUACAUGUAUUGUAAAUACUGUUGGCGUUACUCAUGUAUACAUGUAUGGAUGUCAUGUUUGUGUACACAGUUAUGUUAUGUGACGCUAUGUUAUGUUAUGUUGGGAGUGAGACUAGUUAAUUUCUAACGAGAGCCAUGUUAACUGGUGUUCAAAGAGGGGAGUUCUUACAGAAAAUUACCGGUUUACCCGAGAUCACUGUGUUCACUGCGAAAACAGACAAGACUGCAGUGAAUUAGAAGAUGGACGAAGUUGUGUGAAGAAGUUUGUGGUAGCGACCAUGAAAGACUGAGAUAAUACAACUAACAGGCUGAAGAAGUGAGAUUCACAUGCACCCUUUACCUACAGUGGUCAUGAAAAAUGUAUACUGAUGACACCAUAGCUGUCAGAAGUCAUGAAAUUUACAUUAGCUUUAUUUACAUUAUUUACAUUAUUUACACUAUAAAGUCUAUUUCAUGAAAUAGAUUAUUUGGUCGAAGCACGCAAAUUGUCUUGUCGUACGCCUGCUUGUAGUGGAACAAAAUCAUUGUUGGAGCAGACACCUGACUAUCGUAGAUGUGUACAUAUUAUUUUUCGCAAUGAAAAUGGCCUGUAAAUAAUAAUUUUACAAUUUGUAUCCA